UACUGGGUGUAUGUUUCGAUUCUGGAGACCCACUUUGUGACAUAAUAUUGAUGACGGGCACCAUGAUGCGGGGUAUGGACGGAGAAGAGACAGAGAUUGACCUGAGAGAUGAAGGGGACGGAGAGGACGAUGAGGAACAACAGCCGUGGAAGACACAGCUGGAAACCGUUCUGGAGGAAGAGGAAGAAGAUUUAAUCUCUACACAAAGUGACACCAGGCCUCUGAUUGAUGAGAGGGACCCAAAACAAAUGAAUGAGUGUCUGAAGGUGAGUUUUGAAGAUGUAAUAGCAGAACCGUUAUCAGUUCGCAGUGGGGAUCGGGUGUGGAUCUGGAGUCACGCUCUUUUCGAAGCGUCCAGGGUCUGGUUUUAUCGCAUCAUCACAACUUUGUUGGCUGUUCCAGUGUCCAUCAUCGCGGGAGUUCUCUUUGCCGUUCUUGCCUUUAUUCACAUCUGGUUCCUUACGCCAUGUGUACAGGUGGUCUUGAUAAACACUGGGUGGCUGCAGACGUUAUGGAGCGGUGUAUUAGACAUCUUCAUCCUUCCCUUAUGCCAAAGCAUAGCCAAGUGUUGUAGAGGGAUUAGUGUUCGUCUUACGCAGGAAUGAAAAAAGGUUAAGUGGAAUCUGUUGAAUCCGUUCAAACUAGAAUUCACAGCAGUGGGAAAAGAUUGUGGAACUAUCAGAUGGGACGACUAUUUGACUCCAGGUCCAUGUCAUGAGGGACCAUACCCAAACACUCAAAGCCUGUCAGAGACUGAGAGGAAAUGGAUUUUCUUUACAAAAAUGGCUUAAGUAUUGUAAAGCAGUAAAGCAGUUGUGUUUUAUACAGAAUUUGAUCAAUGUUUACGUUUUUAUGUGUGUGUUAUUUCUUAAUUUUCCAUGCAGGGUGUGAUAAAGCAGCGUGUGGAGCCAAAGCUAUUUAGUUUUAGUCGAGCAAUUAUGGUAAAACAUACAGUACUGUGCAAAAGUCUCACCACCACCAGCUUUGUGGAUUUAGCAAAGUUUUAAUGUCCAUGCAUAUUUAUUUUUCAAUCUUUUUUAAGAUACAAACAGAAAAUACAGGAAAUAUGUACACAAAAUGAAAAACAAAAAAAAAUUCA